CUUCUCAAACCCCGAGACCAGGGCACCGCCACACGGAUGGGGAAUGAGUGCAUCGGGGUUCAAGAUAUUCAUUCGUUUCAUCUAUGAUGAACCUUGACUAUGAGCCUGGGAGGAAGCUGUUUUCAUUAUUCUUUUCAAUGGUCAGCAGCCCACAAGGGAUACAUCAGAUCAAACUCGAGUCUGUUCUCUCAACACCUGCGAUAUUCGAGACACCUACGAUUGAACACUCUCUUCUCCUCUAUUCAUUAUGAAACUGAAUCCUGCCCUGGUAGCAGCACUCCUCGAAGGCCCUGCCCUUCCUUAUCCGGGUGGUUCCGACGGGACUUGGCAACCUACAGUCCACUCCCGUGAUCAAUUAUGGUAUUACGUCUGUGUGUCGUUGUGUACCGCCUUCUCUGGCAUCUUUAUUAUCCUUCGAUUAUACACGAAGUUACGCGUUGUCCACAAAUUAGACUUGUCGGAUUAUCUGAUUCUACUAUCAUUUGCUCUUCUCGCUGCCGAGGUUGGUAUCGGAAGACCCACUCUCAACCAUGGCGCUGGUGUGCAUCAAUGGCACAUCAAGGUCAAGGACCUAUUCGAACUCCUAAAGUGGAUGAACUAUGCUGAGAUCCUCUAUGGUCCGACUAUAUUUGUCGUCAAAAUGUCCAUCCUAGUCCAAUAUCUCCGCAUGCUUGCACCGAACCGAACCGUGAACCCUUUCAUGUUUUGGGGUUCUUGGAUCAUAAUCUCAACCAGCUUCACAUUCUAUACGAUUGACACUUUCAUCACAAUCUUCGCCUGUAAUCCUCGAGAGAAGAUCUGGAAUAAACUGCGUCAGGAAGGCCACUGUAUGAACUACAACGCGGUGGUUCUUGCGACCGGCUACUUCAAUAUCAUUUCCGAUGUUGCGAUCUUGCUGUUGCCGGUACGAUCUGUUUGGCAACUUAGCAUUCCUCUAAGGAAGAAGGUUGCUAUCAGCUUUCUCUUUGCUACGGGUCUCUUGGCAUGCAUCGCCUCAGCAAUGCGAAUCGUCGAAACCUUGGCUAUCGUUCACAAACCUGAUACCUCUGAUGUCUCUUACCACAUCGCGUGGAUGGGCCUGUGGUCAUAUGCCGAAAUUGCAUUAGGCAUCAUUGUAGCAUGCACUCUAUCCCUCCCAAAGCUAGUCCAAGCAAAGGGCUGGAAGUUACCCUCAGUCUUCUCCAGUUUUAGCAAUCCUUUCAGUUCAAACAAAACAAAUCCGACUCUCCCAACAUGGCAUUCGCAUUCCGAGAAGAGUGCGCAUGGAGGUGGUGGUAAAACCGUCAAUACUGUCAUCAUUGGUCAGACGCUGUCACAGACGGAUUUGACGUUUGAGACUGGGAGCUAUCAAUUAAAGUCGUCUUCUUCACGAGAUGGUAGUGAGAGGUCUUAGAAAUCUGCGUCUUGUUUAGGGAUGCUGUCAAAAUUGUCGCGCUCAAUGAAUGA